UAUAAUAAUUAUUUGCCAACUUGUGUUGCUUCCAAACGGUUCAUUUGCUUAAAAAAAACAGUAACAUGUAUUUAAAUAUUUUAUGUUAUUGUGUUCUACUCGUAUUUAUAAACAAAACUUUCGGUUUGUCAAAUCAAGAGGAAAUUUCCGCCUUGACUUAUGUGGAUGAGAUUGUGGUACUUAAGAAAAUAUUUAACAACUUGCAGGAAAUUAAAAGUUCAAUUGAUUUAUGGAAUUCGCGAUAUGAAGAAUAUCGAAACAUUAAAGAAACUAUAGAAAAAGAUUCCUCGAUAUUUGACAUACGAUUUGAUGCUGUACCACUUAAAUGUAAAACCGAUGACUUUCUCAGAAACUGUGCCGAAGCUACCUCCUGCACUCAGCGUAGUGGCAUUUAUAAGAUCCUUUUGGAGAAAUUCAAUAGUGAACCAUUUCUGGUCGAGUGUGAUGCUAAAACUAAUGGAGGUGGUUGGAUUUUAAUACAGAGACGACAAGAUGGCUCCGUGGAUUUCUAUCGCGAAUGGGCAGAAUAUCAAAAAGGUUUUGGAAAAAUCGAUGGAGAAUUUUUCAUUGGUCUGGACAAAUUACACGCCCUCACAAAUUACAAUGGAGCUCAGGAGUUGCUUGUGGUUUUAGAAGAUAAAAAUGAAAUCAAACAUGCUAAAUAUAGUAAUUUUGUGAUUGGCAAUGAACAUCAGUUGUAUGCUUUGCAACAUUUGGGUGAUUACUCCGGCAAUGCAGGUGAUUCUUUAAUUGGCCAAUUAGGAAUGAAGUUCACAACACGCGAUCAGGAUAACGAUAUACAUGGGACAUUAAAUUGCGCCCAAGAGUUUUUGGGAGCAUGGUGGUAUAAUAAAUGUCACGCUAGCAAUCUCAAUGGCAAAUACGGGGACACUAGAUAUGGAAAAGGGGUAAUAUGGAAUAGUUUCCGUGGUAUUAAUGGUUCAAUUAAACAUGUCACAAUGAUGAUUAGACGCCGUCGUUUUUAAGAUCUAUUUAUAUUAUAUUAAUUAAUCAUAUUAUUUGCAAAUGUUAAUUAUUAUAUUAUGCAUUAAAAAUUAUAUACUACUAGCUACUAGUGGCAGUGUUAUUA